UGAAACGGCCUCAGAGAGGGAGGAGGUCUCUGGGGCGGGAUUCUCACGGGCCCUUUGGUGCCAAUUGUCCACUCAGAGGGGCUCGCUUGCCUUUUGGUCAACGCGGUCGUUAGAACGUGUCCAAUUUCCCGGCGGUGGUUCGCUGUUGGUCGAGAUUUAUGGCAGAGAGGAACACCUGGUCCACUAUCUUUGCUGUGGCGACAGAUGGAGCGAAGGAUGCAGGGAAAGAAAAGGGUGGGGGGCACAAAUGGGGCUAUAAAAGCAGCACCGAGGUGAUAAGCUGCUGAAUACUAGUGUGGUAGAAGGGGGAAAAAAGAUUAAACAACCACAUGUUAUUUUUACUGUCACGUUCCCAGGUUUAGUCCGUUCUACGGCUGCUUCUGUGGGGCGGAUCUCUUUGAGCCCGGCCGUUUGCCGGAGGUGAAACAAAAUUUAAUGGCGGGGGAGGGCCGAGAAGGACCUUUAAUCAUAUUGUUUUUAUGACAGCUAAGGGUGUGACAUAAAAUAGUUUAGAACUGGCAACUGUAAGUAUGUGUUAAUUUCCCGCACUUAGCAUGUCACGUGACAAUAUUUAAAAAAUCCUCUGGUUUGUGCGGUUUUAACCACUCGUGGACCUUUUUGCUUCUGAAGCGCUCGACCAGAAGAAGUUCUUGUUGCAUUUAGUUGACAAAUAAAAGAUUUGUGUACUCUGCUCGAUUUUAAAUUUGUCAUAAUACUCGCCCGUUCCCGAUUGGUCCAAACAUGCAGCGAGUUCUCCGGCCUUCACUGAGAUCACAGUUUAAAAAAAAAAAAACUCAGAUGGUUACUUUUUAUUUUGUAUAUUAUGUAGGUUUACAAAACCAGGUGUUAUUAGUAUUGAACGUGAAGGAAAAUAUACUAGUGAAUAAAAUUGUUCUUAAAGACAAAGUGCAUGUCUUUAUGGUUCACGUGCUCAGGAAUGCAGCUGAUUGGGUCGUUUAGAAUGACAUCUUUGAGUUGAUGACAUCCUAAACGUAUUCGCCGUCAGCAGCUGGCUGUAGUCGGGGAGGUCAGGGGUCACAGCAAGGGAAACGCUGCACAGAGGUGAUCAGCUCUGUGUAAGUGGACUUUGAGCCACGCUAAUCAGGCUGCGCGUGUUCACCCAUAAGUACCACGCAGCCAUGCGACCUCCUCCCCUUACAUAAGCAGAACCCACGUUAGAUAUUUCACUUUCCCUGCACGUUCCCAAAAAGAGUUAAAUGCAAAUGUCAGAGAGGAUUAUUAUGUAACUUUUUCUUGCCAGAACAUACCAACUACUCCCUUUCCUUUGUAAUUCUGAACAUCUUUCACUGUCGUGUCGCGUUUAUUUCAUUACAGACGUAAGCUGUAAAACUCUGCGCUGUAUGUUUUUUAACGCACACUUUGCUGUGUCAUGCCCGGGGCCAGUAGAGCGUGACUGUUCCUUUCUACCUGUUACACAACUCUUAACCUCUGUCCAAUUCUCGCACUCGUGUGCACGUUAUGCGUGCAUGCGCGUGUGCAGUGGGCACGCUGCUGGAGCCGUUCUGGGUGAGGUCAAUUCGGCUCUCAUUUGCACAUCGAGAGACGACAACAACGGACGCGGCAACAUCUGAAAAAGAAGAGCACAAUGGCGCUCCUCCUCUGGUUCGGCAUGUCGCUGUUGGCCUCCGUCCAGUCCAGCGGCGUCAAGAACUGCCACCGCGACUGCCGCUGCGAGGUGGAGAGCUUCGGCCUGUUCGACAGCUUCAGCCUGACCAGGGUGGACUGCCGGGGGCUGGGACCCGACACCCCCAUGCCCAUCUCCAUCCCGCUGGACACCGCCCACCUCGACCUGUCCUCCAACGCCCUGGGCCCGCUCAGCGACAGCAUGCUGGCCGGGCCGGGCUACACCACCCUGGUUAGCUUGGACCUGAGCAGCAACCUCAUAACAAAGGUGACACCCAGUGCUUUGUCCAAGCUGCGUUACCUCGAGACUCUGGACCUGAGCCACAACCGCCUGGAGAGCCUCUCCACCAGCUGCUUCGCCGGCAUCCCUCUGGUGGAAGUCGACCUCAGCCACAACGGCUUCCACGAGUUCGACAUGGACGUGUUCGCUACGAAGGUCAGCGGUGAGCCCGUCAGCGUGGACCUGUCCUGCAACAAGCUCGCGUCCGUCUCGGCGACCUCGCGCGGCAGAGUGUUGCACGUCCAGAGCUUGAACCUGUCGUCCAACCGGCUGCCGAGCGUACCGAGGCUGGCGGGGCUUUCGCUGAGGUACCUCAAUCUGGACGGUAACCCCAUCGCGCGGGUGGAGGAGGGAGCUUUCGCCGAGCUGACGGAUCUGGUUUAUUUGUCCAUCAGCAGCCUCCAUGAGCUGCGGGAGAUCCGGGCACGCGGCUUCAAGGGCCUGCGGAGCCUCCAGGUUCUUGAUCUCUCGAAUAACCCGCAGCUUAAGACUCUGAGCCCGGCGGUCUUCAGCGGACUGGACUCCCUGCAGGAGCUGAAUUUGUCCGGCUCCGGUGUGGCGUCCCUGCCCAAUAACAUGCUGAGCAAUCUGCCCAGUAUUAAGAGCAUCACACUGGGACAAAGCGUCCACUGCUGGAGGACCCAGAAGCAGGGACAGUUUCACCGGCAACUGGGCCAGGUCCAACACGACGAGGUGCUGAGCUGUGACGUGGAGGGCAUCGUGUUGUGAAGCGAACCAGACGCGUUGGAGUCUCCUUCCCCCGACGAUACUUUCCUCCGCGGGUUAACAGCGGCAAACGCUUCCGAUCUCCGGCACGGCCGGACUACCGAGUUCUGAAAGUGUGCCUGCCAGAUGUGCCUUAUCUGCUUUGAUAUGCAGGACCCCUCUCAGGGUCACUUUCACUCAUUUCACUGUGCUGAGUUGUGCCUUUGGAGCGUCUCAGAGGUCAGUGGUGGACUUCAUGCGCUCCUGACAGACGUAGCAGCACCUUUUUAUUAGAAGAAGAAAAAAGAUACAGCGGAUCGCUUUCUUCCACAAUUCAACGUCUACGCUUUCCUGUCAUGAAUCCAGAACCUUAAGUAUCGUUGGUGCAUCAUGUACAUGGUUUAAAAUGGGACCAUAUUAUUAUUUAAUAACCCACUACACACGUUCCAUAACAUCAUCCAGCGUAGUACAAAACCUUCUGUGCUUUGCUCAUAAUAUCAACACUUCAGUUGACCACUAAGAUUCAUUAUUUGACUUUGAAUGUGAUGCUUUAUGGAAAUGAUUAAAGGGAGAGUGAGAGAUUUGGGAGUCUUCUCUAUCUCAUAUAGUGAGAUGAGAAGACUCUCAUAUCCGUUUGUUCCACAUGAAGCUGCAACCUUGUUUUUCUUAAUGCUGAACUUAUCUGCUGGUUGUAUCUUCUACUUCCACACAGACAUGAGAGUGGUAUCGUUCGUCUCAUUUGGCUCUCGCUGAGCAAGUGAACGUGGGUGUUACUCGUCAUUGUAUUACAUGUAUACACAUAUAUAUCCCAUAUACGGUCUGUAGAUCUCUUCUUGCCACACUCGCAUGAUGAGCAUUUCAAUACUUGAAUCAUUCUAUAACCACCUGCCCAAACCUGACACCUUGUCCACAAUUAACCUUCAUUAAUGUCCGAGCGUCGCAAAUAAGUGCCGCGGAGCCUCCGACGUUGGCGACCCGCUGAUCUGCGCUCAUUUUGUUUCCUGACCUUUUACUCGGCGCGCGUAAACAGGCCGUGGACCCGGAGUUUAUCCGGAGCUGUUGUCCAAAUCGAUAUACAGUCGAACCUUUCGACUUUGACGUGAUUCCUGACAAAGAGGUGCAGCUGAGGGCACAGCGCUGUCGUGUACCUUCGCCGCGGUGCCCCUGGAGGGUCCGGGGGGGGGAUCGGCCUCACAGCUGCAGGUUCAGGUGGUUUGAAUGUCAGCAAUCCGUGAAAGCCUUCAGCGUUGCUGAUUGUGCGGUUUUAAAGGAAAUCCACUUUUUUUUCAGUCGUUUAAUUGAAAGAGGAGCGCAGUCUUGCUGUAGACUUUUAUAAUUAUAUGUAACUAUAUUGUAUAUGCCUUUUAAAGAAUCACAAGUGUAAUAAAACGACUGGUGACUUGUG